ACAACUAUCUUUUGAGAAAACAUGUUUCUCGAAAAAAAAAUGAAAUUAUACUAUUUUUUUGGUGAAUGUUCAAAGAUUAUAACAAAUAUUACAUGUUAGGGUUUAUGCAGGAAUGCUAGUGGCUUUAGUAUUUCAUGAAUUGGGAUCAAUGGCCCGCACAGAAAAACGUGCAGCAAAUAUCUGACGGAGGCACUAAGCCCAUUCAAUUAACAAUACGAAUUUGAGAAGGUAAGAAAUUUAAAAUACCCGUCUGAAAUUUUUAGAAAAUGUUCUGCUCAGUUUUCACAGGAUUAAAAUUAAAUUUUUAGUUGGAAAGGCAGUCGUCCCAUUUUUUUUCUCUAUAGGAGAUUUUAGGUUUUGGGCAUUUAACAGAACAAAACCAUCCGAAUCUAAACAAUAGGAAUAUUUUAGAGUUUUAGGAUCGAGUUUUUAGAAGUAUUCAGAGUUUGUAGGAUUGAAGAGCUUAGCUAUGGCUAUGGCUGCCCCAUUAAGGCGUGCCUUGUUCUCGGCUUCUUCCAGACGUUUCAUUGCUUUAAGUAUACACAAACCUAGGGCAUUCCAUUAUUGGUCAAUGUUAGGUAGUUACGUAAACAAUGAUGUGGAAGAUCAGAACUAUGUUGUGGGAUCUUGUGUUUAUGGUCAAUCGGGGUUGAACCAGCGAUGGCAGAGGGGAUUUGCCAAAGGAAAAAAGUCCAAGGGGGACGAGGGCAUGGUUGAAGUUGUGCCAGACAUUGGCCCUUCUGUAAAGUCAGCUGCCACGGCACAGAUGCAGGCUGCAUUGGAUGCUUUGUCCAGGGAAUUGAACAAAUUGCGUACAGGGAGAGCUUCUUCGGGUAUGCUGGAUCACAUCAUUGUUGAAUCCGGUGGUAUUAGGACACCGCUGAGCCACAUUGCCGCCGUGUCUGUCUUAGACCCACAGACGCUGAGCGUGACACCGUAUGAUGUGAAUUCCAUGAAAGAGAUUGAGCGCGCCAUUGUUUCGUCUCCUUUAGGGCUAAAUCCGACAUCUGAAGGGCAAAGAUUGGUCGUGCCUGUUCCAGAAUCAUCCAAAGAGCAUAUUCAGGCAAUGUUAAAGCUUGUAACAAAGGCAGCCGAAGAUGUCAAACAGAGCAUAAGAAGAGCAAGACAAAAGGCUGUUGAUUCAAUAAAGAAGGUUGGCUCUGGCAUGUCCAAAGACGAUGUCAAGAGACUAGAAAAAGAAGUGGAUGACGUUACGAAGAAAUUUGUGAAAUCAGCUGAAGAUAUGUGCAAAGAAAAGGAAAAGGAAAUAACAGGCAAGUAAUUUGAAGGCAUGGUCUUUUGCAGAUGCUAUCAUUUUUCUGUAGAAUUUUGAUAUUAGAGAUGAUUUUGAGUAUUAUUGAUCUUCUUUGAGGAAGAGAGAGGAUUUUUUUUUGGUGUCAAAGAGGUAGCUUUCAUAUUUUCUUUGAAGAUUAAAUAAAUUCAAGACAGUUGGCCCGUGCCAGUUUAAUCCUUUUCAAUUCAAAUUUUAUACAUUUUCAUUUGUGAAGAAAACAAAUAACAGCAUCAUAUUCAAUGCAUCUUUUUGGGUUAUGACUUUUCGCUCAUUAAGUUUUCAUAUUAUCGAUU